UAACGGGACGCUAUCAGAAUGAACCCACGACUUUGCAAGACUCGGGGAUGGACGGCCAACAAUGCCAUCGACUGACUGGUUAAUGAAUUACCAGGUAUUACUUAACUAAGCACCUGUCCUACCCAGGCACCUGGCGGACACGGUGUCAUUUAUUCUUCCCAAUAGUCCUGCAAGAGGAUAUUGGCACUCUCAUCUCCCAGUUGAGCUGAUCCUCAGAAUCUUAGGUGACUUGUUUAAAAUAAUCAGAAGCUUUCAUGCAGGGAGUGGAGCUGGAUUUCAAGCCCACCUAAUCUUGCUUCACAGUCUGCGUUCUUCCCUCUGAACGUUGACAUUUCCAGGGUAAAUGUGUAAUAGAUACCUCAGAAAGGUGUUUAAAAAAAAAAGACAGCAAUCCCAAAAUGGGGUCACUUAUGGUAAGCCCCAGGUCACCAAACCCAAACUUAAUUAUAUUUUCGCCUCUCCUAGAAAUGGAAUCUUAAACCAAUCAGUUACUUCCUGAUCAGCAGUAUUUAGGUAAUCUACCCAACAACCCCUAUCAUCCCCUAAAAGAAAGUAACCUUGCAAUAACCAACCUGCUUUUUGCCUAGUAAAACUUCCUUGUUCCUCCUCUCUUCUGCCUAUAAAAAUCUUUCAUUUUGUACAGCUACUUGGAGCUCCCUUCUAUCUGCUGGGUUAGAUGCUGCCCAAUUCUAAUCAAUUUUUGCUCAAAUGGACUUUUAAGAUUUUUAAUAUGACUCAGUUUCUCUUUUAGCAAAGGCACAACAGCAUUCCAACUGGACAAUUAGUGAGUGGGCAGGAUGCCUGUAAACCCAAUCCAUAGUCAGGUAGCAAAAGUUCAGCCCAGGUCUGAGGUAGAUGGGGUAUAAUUCAACACACUCAGGCCCUGAAGCAUAACUAAGCUACUGCAGUAAGGAGCAGAGACUGCGUGUGCAUGCCCACUCUAGUGAUUGGCGGAGGGGUCUCCCACCUCUCCCAGGAAUGCAAGAUGCUGGCAGUCACCUCUUGGGCAGGAAAUGGAAGUCAUUUGCAAGAGGGUUCAUUCAGCCUCUAGAUCUCUUACAGGAAAGCCACAACCCCAUCUUGUGCUUCCUGUAAUAUCUGCCACAAACGUGGCACAGGGCAGGUGUGCCCUCGAUAAACAAACUACAGGAUUAAGUUCAACAUGUUUGUGAGCCACUAGGGAUGAUGCUGUUAGAAGUACCUACUGAUCAGCUUUGUCUGAAUGAAAUGGACUGAAUCUAAGAUGGGCAGGAUCCAAAGACGUCUGAAUGGACUGUGGGGAUGGCCAAAUUAUCCAAGACAAUUUAAAGCACAUAAAAGAUACCACACAUACUUCCCAUCCCUGAAAAGAAAGUCUCCGAGAUGGUGGAACUAUGGCUUCAUAGGAGCAAUUAUGAAAAACACAAAUUGAAUUCUGAAGGGCCACAAGCUGUUCUUUGAAACAACGAGCACCAGUGGGUGGCAAAAAUCAAACUAUGAACAAACUGGGCUCACAAACCCAGACUGUAAUCCCUUGGGGGCAGGACAGGGUAGAGGCCCAGACCAUUAGUUCAGACUAUACACCUUCUACGUCUACUGUAUGCCACACCCUGGGGACCCUGAAGGUAAAGAAACAGACGGGCAAUUCAUACUCUUAAAUAAAUGUAUUAUGUAUCAGCUAGUGAUAAAUGCUUUGAGAGUGAUGGCGGCUACUCUGGACAGAGUGACCAAGGGAAAUCCUCUCUAAGGAAGUGGCAUUUGGGAUGCCCAUAGUUUGGGGUGGUGAAAUGGCCAUUCCUGAACGCCUUUUUCUUCAACUCCCCCACCCACUCCUUUCCUACAUUCUCACCUCUUCCACCCUCUGAGAACGCUUCCUGUGGAGAACUGGAGAGCAGUGUCAUUGGUACCUGGCACGUCAAGGUAGAGCUAACAGGUGACAGGCCUUCAUGGCUCCGGCGGGGCGCAUGCGCACUCGUGCACGUGUGCGGGCCGCGGCGAGGGGCGCGUGCGCACACAGAGGCGGGCGCACACGGAGGCGGGAAGCCGGACGAGCGACGUCCAGCAGCCAGGGUGGUUGCAAUCGCCGCGCACGAGGCCUGGUGAAGCAGUGCCUCGGAAGAGAGGCCUGCGGGGGAAGUGCUGCAGCAAGGUCUGCCGGCACCAUGCAGAACGUGAAGCGGAAGCCGAAGCAUCGUCCCUUCUGCUUCAGCGUGAAGGGCCACGUGAAGAUGCUGCAGCUGGAUAUUAUCAACUCACUAGUAACAGCCAUAUUCAUGAUAAUCGUAUCUGUGUUGGCACUGAUUCCAGAAACCACAACAUGUUCAAUCUUUGGAGGGGUAAAUGGAAGUCUUUCUGCGAUGUGCUGCUUCACCGAAGGAGCCCUUAUUUACCAGACGCUUCUAUUUAAUCCAAGUGGUCCUUCUCAGAAAACUGCUAUUCAUGACAAAAGAAAAAUUCUGUAAUUUUAUCUUCCUUUUCAAUUGAUGCUAAAUAUUAAACCUAUC